AUGACAGAAUCCGUUCAUAUACAGAGGCAUCCCUAUUCUAAAUACUUAAAAAAUAACAUUUAUAAGUCCUUGAACCUAUUCGCUGGCGAAUAUGGUUCGAAACCGUACAAUCCUAACGACCCCUUUACGAGGAAGCAUAUUAGGAGUAAAAUACUUGACGAAUAUAUUUCAGUAUCGCAAUAUGUACCGCUAACCACUGCAAACUCUAAGAUAAUUGAUAAGUCAAAGGAGAAGGAGGUUAUCCAGCCUAAGACUAGGAAGGGCAAGUCAGCAUUAGCCGAUGUGGUCGACUCGCUGGAUUCUGAGCUUUAUCCAUUACACGCACCUAAGAAAUUGGAGUAUUUGGAUGUGAAUUUGGACGAAGUAAGGUACAGACUCACCGACGAUAAUAUGCUCGCAAUAUCUGACAGUAAAACUUUGAGCAGUGAUUCAGUAACGAGCAAGGAAGUGGCGCUUUCGCCACAAGAUGUAAAGAGUGAGACUCUCAAAAGGUAUUUGAAGGACACAGUGGCCAAGGGACACCAAAUAGCUGAGUUGGACAUAAACCCGAAGGUUGAAAGGAUUAGAAGAGGAAGGCCGAUGUGGCACGCGCCGUGGAAGCUGUACCGCGUCGUGAUAGGACACCACGGAUGGGUGCACUGCGUGGACGUGGACGUCUCAAACGAAUGGUUUGUCACCGGGAGUGCAGACAGACUCAUAAAAAUAUGGGACCUUGCAUCCUGCGAGCUGAAGCUAUCGCUGACUGGACACAUAAACACAGUGAGGGACGUUAAGAUUUCCACAAAGAGCCCGUACAUAUUCUCCUGCAGCGAGGACAACACAGUCAAGUGCUGGGACAUAGAGCAGAACAAGGUGAUAAGGAGCUACCACGGCCACCUCUCGGGAGUGUACAAGCUGGCGCUGCACCCGGAGCUGGACGUCCUGUUCAGCGGCGGCAGGGACGCAGUGGUCAGGGUCUGGGACAUCAGGACCAAGCAGGCAGUUCACGUCUUGACUGGCCACAGCGGCACAGUGAUGAGUCUGGUGAGCCAGGCCUCGGAGCCUCAGGUCAUAUCAGGCUCCCAGGAUAAGACGGUGAGACUGUGGGACCUUUCAACUGGAAGGAGCAUAGUGACGCUCACGAACCACAAGAAGAGCAUUCGGGCGAUGUCGAUACACCCGACUGAGUACGCAUUCUGCUCCUGCGCCUCGGACAACGUCAAGGUCUGGAAGUGCCCCGAGGGCCAGUUCAUAAGGAACAUCACGGGCCACAACAGCAUCCUGAACUGCUGCGCGAUCAAGGACGACGGGGACUCGAGCGUCCUGGUGGCCGGGAGCAACGACGGGCAGUUGCACUUCUGGGACUGGGCCUCGGGCUACAAGUUCCAGACGCUGCAGUCGAAGGUGCAGAAGGGCUCCCUCGAGAGCGAAAACGGUAUAUUCUCCAUGGCCUUUGACAGGAGCGAGUCGAGGCUCAUAACGGCGGAGUGCGACAAGACGAUAAAGAUUUACAGGCAGGACGAGAGCGCGACCGAGGAGACCCAUCCAAUAGACUAUACGCCAUCGAAGAUCACAAGAUACUACUGA